AUGAAACCAGAAACUUUAGUUAUGAAAAUAAUAGAAGCUGCUGAAACAGCUUCUCCAACUGUAAUAACUUUCAACGGUAAAAAAAUCAGCAUAACUAAAAAACUUAUUGAUAAAUACAAAUAUUGUCAAGUCAGAGACGAUAUAGAUUUAGAAAGAAUUGACGCGAACGCGAAAGAAGGUGGAUUUUUACCUUUCCUUUUACCUUUAAUAUUUGGUUGUAUUGCAACGGCGGGUGCAGCUACUGGAGGAAUAUCUGCCGCAGUCAAAGCUGCCAACGCAAAGAAAGCAGCUGAUGCUAAAGCCGCUGAAGAACGUAGACAUAAUUUAAUAAUGGAAAAGGAAGCCAAGGAGUGGGAGAAAUGA